GUUUUAUCACCGUGUUGAGAACACCAACUUGUACAAUAGCAUAUACCCACUAGUAUCACAUAUACGUGUAUAUAGAAUGGCAUUCCAAACAUCACGGCCGUCUCCCACACUUCUAAUCCCCUCCAAACGGCCUCUUGCCGCCCCCAAGAACCCCACCCUCUCUAACACGACCGCUACAUACCCGCCGAUCCAUAUUCGUUCAACAUCAACUUCUACGUCUACAUCGGCAGUGUCCGAAUCCAAAUCCAAAUCCAAAGCUAAAUCUACCUCAAGGAAUCACCAUGUGGAGUUAAAGUCCCGGUCCACGACUGUCGAGUAUGAUUUCUCGUCCGGUCCGCAGCCGUUCUUGGAUCCGGCCUUGUGGGAGAAUGUGAAGGCGGUGGAUCGGCUGCGGAGGGAAGGUGAAGGACUCGGAGAGGGAAAUGUUUACGUUAAAGAAAAGGAGGAGGAAUUGAGGAGGAAGAAGGAGAGGGAGGCGGAGUACGGAGGGUUGGCUGUUAGGGGCAGGAUGGGGAGAUGGAAGUGAUUCAGUCCGUUUCUUUCUUCACACUUGACAUCUACUUACUUGUCC